AUGGACAGUCAUUUCAACGAUGCCGCGGUACUGAAGUACCUAGAUCUUCCUGCGGAAUACGACCCACAACCAAGCAUAUUGCCAAUAAGCUUUUUGCGUCAACAUCUUCCCCAGCUACCCCCACAUCUCGCAUGUCAGUUUUCUUCUAUCACAACACCGAAGCAGCGAACAACAGUGUCUCUGAUACGAAAUCGACGGUUGAAGUAUACCAAAACUGCACCGAACCAGCUAAGUUUCUCCUUUGCCAAACAGAGAUGGCCGACCCUAUGGCAAGGCGGGGGCCUGAUUGGCCGUGAACAAGGCGAAGAAGAGAGAAGGUGGGGGGAAAGCCACUUCAUGGAAGGGAGGCAGCAACAGAUUCAAAAACUGGGAAACUUGCUAGGAGCCUACGAGGAGGAGCGAGAGGCAGAACGUGUCCGGGUGGCCAGGCGAGCAAAAGCCGAGGAAGAAUUCAUCCCGGAGGAAGAUGAGGAUAGUUGCAGUGAUCCUGAGCCAGACAACUUGCUUCCUGGUGAAGACGAAACCCCGGAUGAGGUUCAGGCCGCGUUUGAGCGGUUGAUCAAAGAACGAUUCAUUUAUGGCUUGAUAGAUGGGGCCAACUAUGAUAUAUCAGAUUGGAAUGAAGAGUUUGACGAGGAAGAAGAUCGGGAGGCCGAAGAAAAGUGGUUUGACGAAGAGGAUGAAUGA